AUGACUCUGGCUGCGUACAAAGAGAAGAUGAAGGAGCUGCCUCUUGUCUCCCUCUUCUGCUCCUGUUUCCUCUCGGACCCCUUGAACAAGCCGGCGUACACGUACGAAGCAGACACUGUAGACCUCACCUGGUGCGUCAUCUCCGACAUGGAAGUCAUCGAGCUCAACAAGAGGACCUCGGGGCAGUCCUUUGAGGUCAUCCUGAAGCCCCCAUCAUUUGAUGGCAUCCCCGAAUUCAAUGCCUCCCUGCCCCGGCGGCGCGACCCAUCCCUAGAGGAGAUCCAGAAGAAGCUGGAGGCAGCGGAGGAGAGGAGAAAGUACCAAGAGGCUGAGCUGCUGAAGCAUCUGGCGGAGAAGCGGGAGCACGAGCGGGAGGUGAUCCAAAAGGCCAUCGAGGAGAACAACAACUUCAUCAAAAUGGCCAAGGAGAAGCUGGCACAGAAGAUGGAGUCCAACAAGGAGAACCGCGAAGCCCAUUUGGCGGCCAUGCUGGAGCGCUUGCAGGAGAAGGACAAACACGCGGAAGAAGUGAGGAAAAACAAGGAGCUGAAGGAAGAAGCCUCCAGAUAAAGAGGCGAUGGUUGGGACUGACGGCUCCGGG